AUGUCGGACUUGUACAAUAUUAGAUCGAGACGCCGGAUACCAGAUAAUUCGCAGCAUUCGGCAAUCGACUUUGACUCGGACCCCGAUCAGAAAAACAAAGGAAUAGCUUACAGCUCUUUCUCAGCUGUAUUCAACGCGUCAGCUUCGCAGCUUUGGAAUUCAGCGCAGGAAGCCCUUUCGCCGACAUUUGAGGAAAAUCCAACGGUUGAAACACUCGACAAUUUCUCAAAUACAACUGAAGCGCUUGAGUGUUUAAGUAUCAACGGUAGUCGGUACGAUCAAAUUAUUAUCACGAUGCCUUCAAGAGACCGAACUUCUGAAUUCAAAAUGACUGCAAAGUCAAUUGAGAUGAAAGUUCACGCAAAUGGAUUCCGUCCUCAUCCAAAACAUGAGGUUCUGCAAGAUUCUGUGCAGUUUAAUCAGUUAGCAAAGCGAAUUGGACGUGAUUUAAGCCAAACUUGCGCGAAAAUGGAGAAGCUCGCCGAGUUGGCGAAAAAGAAAAGUCUUUAUGAAGAAAAAUCGCAUAUUGAACAUCUAUCAGCCAUAAUCAAAGAAGACAUAACGGGUCUGAAUAAACAAAUUGCAUCUCUUCAAGAUUUUUCGCGGAGACGAUCUGGAAAAUUAAAAAAUCAAAACACGGGUCACAGUCAAUUGGUUGUCGUUGGCCUACAAUCGAAGCUAGCAAAUGUCAGUAAAGACUUCCAAAGUGUUAUUGAAAUCAGCACAGAGAACAUGAAAGCUGAAAAAAAUCGACGAGACAAGUUUUCAAGCGGUGGUCCUGUUCCAAUGGGCCUUCCUUCGUCUUCAUCCGGGGCUAAUGUACGCUCUCGAUUACUGCAAGACGAUGAACAACAUGGUUCAAGUAGUAUCGCAUUAGAUAUGGGCACAUUAGAGAAUUUGCGAGCUCAACAAACCAUGCAAAUGAACGACCAAUCGUUGGACUAUGCACAGGCGCGUAGCAACACAAUGGCAACGAUUGAGGGUUCAAUUUCAGAGCUCGGACAGAUUUUCUCGCAAUUGGCGACUCUUGUUAGCGAGCAGGGUGAGAUGAUCACACGAAUCGAUUCGAAUGUCGAGGAGACGGCGCUUAACAUUGAUAUGGCGCAUUCGGAAUUAGUGAGAUAUCUGCAAAACAUCAGCAAGAACCGGUGGUUGAUGAUCCAGGUGUUCGGUGUACUUAUGGUGUUUUUCAUUGUAUUUGUCCUGUUUCUCACAUAA